UUUGAAUUUGUGUUUGUUGGAUUGAUGGGUGUGGAGUGCCUAUAGUGUUCAGCAUUUUGCAAAUUGAGAUAGGUUUUAAUGAUGUGAUCUAAAUACCUCUUAAUCUGAGUUUGCUGUAGGUAGGUAUCAUGGCUAGGGUUUUCGUCCAGUCUACUAACAUUCCUAGUGUGGUUGCCAGGCCAAAGCUUGGUCAAUUUAAAGGAUCUGAAAAUUCUAGAAAGGCAACAAAGAUGAUGUGUACUUUACGAGCACCUGCAUUGAGAUUGAGCAGUUUCUCAGGACUCCGUAGUGUUAAUGUUUUAGAUAUUAUGGUGAAGCCUGGGCAAGACUUAUAUGCUAAGGUGGGAGAAGCUAUCUCCUCCCGGCAUCGAAAGGCUAGCAGAUGUGUGCCUAAAGCCACGUCGUUUGAUCGCUUCUCAGAAAAGGCAAUAAAAGCGAUUCUGCUUGCACAAGAGGAAACAAUGCGAAUUGGUCACAACUUUGUUGGUACAGAGCACAUACUUUUGGGUCUUGUUGGUGAAGGAACUGGGAUUGCUGCCAAGGUCCUUAAAUCUAUUGGAAUCAAUCUUAAAGGUGCACGCGUUGAAGUGAAAAAGAUCAUUGGAACGGGUCGUGGCUUUGUUGCUAUUGAAAUCCCAUUCACUUCUCGUGCAAAGCGAGUUUUGGAACUGUCACAGGAGGAAGCUCGACAACUGGGCCAUAACUAUAUUGGACCUGAGCACUUGCUUUUGGGACUGCUUCGUGAAGGUGAGGGUGUGGCGGCCUGUGUUCUUAAAAAUUUAGGUGCUGACCCCAGCAACAUUCGCACACAGGUUAUUCGUAUGGUGGGUGAGAGCACAGAAGCUGCUGGUGUUGGAGCUAGACAGGGAACCAGUGGCAACAAAAUGCCAACUCUAGAGGAGUAUGGAACCAAUUUGACCAAGUUAGCAGAGGAGGGAAAGGUGGAUGAACAGGAUCUGUCGCAAAAGGAAACAUGACAAAAAGAAAGGCAAUUAUCAAAAUAAUGGAGAUUUUGAAAUUACGGUUAUUAUGUCGGGGAAGCUUCUUACUGUUCGAGAUUGCAUUUUUUUUUUUUUUGAAUAAAGGGCUGGUGCUGCUGCUCUCAAGCCUCGAGAAUGUCUGUAUAUUAGUGACAAGAAUUACAAUUGGUUUGUGGAUACCGGUGCAAGUUGUCAUGGUACUUCCAAUUUUGAGUUUUUUUCUACAUAGAAAUCAAGUGACUUUGGUAUGUUAAAUAUGGGUAA